UUCAGCUGGCGUUGACGUUUCGUCCUCGUGUCCUUGGAUUCUUGUGAUCUGGCCGUUUCAUCCGUUUUUCCAGCGAGAGGCGCCAGUGAAUACAUUUUUUUUGUGUGCCCGUGAAAUUUAAUCAAGGAGGUCCCUUUCUGCCUUCCUUGUACAAGAGAAUUUUACUUGUACAAGACUUUUGCUUUCGUGAGCGGCAUUGAGCUAUGCCUGCUCAGGACCCCACCUGUCCCCAGGAGGGGAACAUGGAGGAGGAAGCAGUAGCUUCAGUGCUGCCAACAGCCUGGUCAGAGGACCCAGUGACCUUCCAGGAAGUGUCGGUGGACUUCUCCCGGGAGGAAUGGGCCCAGCUGGCCCCUGCUCAAAAAAUCCUGUACCAAGACGUGAUGCUGGAGAACUACAGGAACCUGACUUCUGUGGGGUAUCAUCUCCGCAAGCCCUGCCUGCUCACCCAGGGGGAGCUGAGAACCCGGAAGAGGAGACUUCUCCAAGACACCUGUGCAGACCAGAAUUCUCAGCUUAAAACCAAGGAGACCACGGCUGGGAGGAAUAAAGUUUGGGAAAAACCAUUUACUGGCAGGAAAGGGGCACCAGCUCAACCUGGAAAGAAGUCCUAUGAACACAGUCUGUGUGGAAAAGCCAUCAGAAGGAAUCCUGACCUGACUACUAAGAGGAAUUACACAGGCGUGAAACGCGAUGAACGUAAAGAAUGUGGGGAAGCAUUUAGUUAUCCUUCCUUCCUUGGGGUCCACGUGUGAUCACACACUGGUGAGAAAACCUACAAAUGUUCUCAGUGUGAAAAGGCUUUCAGUUGCAACUCCUCUCUCGGGCCGCACGCAUGAAUUCAUCCUGGAGAGGAACCGUGUAGGUGUAGCUAGUGUGGGCAGAUCUUCAGCUCUACUUCGAGCCUCGCUGUAGCCAAGAGGAUGCACGCUCGGGAGAAGCUGUAUGAUGAAUGCAGUGACUGUGGGAAGGCCUUCGUCAGGAGCAGUGACCGGACAGUGCAUAGGAGAGUGCACACGGGGGAGAAACGCCGCCAGUGAAGUGAUGCAGCAAAACCUCUAGCAGAAAGUUCUUUCUGAUGGCGCACAUGAGAACCCAUACUGGGGAGAAGCCCUGCCCAGUCAGCGCCUGCAGAAAAGCCUUCCGUAGGAGCUCUAAGGCGACUGCCCACAAGAGGCUACAUGCAAGAGGGAAGAUGUAGCAGUGCCGGAAGCUUUCCAGUCAUCAUUCAUCACGUAGGAAACACGUGAGGAUGCACACUGAAGACAGGUCUGGGAGUGGAA